AUGGAAAAUUGUCAAAGCAAGACACUACACCUCGUUUUCAGUGGAAACUCAGAAGAUUCCGGUGCAUCGUCUCCUGUAAAUUUCGAAAGUGCCACAGGUAUUGCGGAAGCGCUUCAGUCAAAAUUGAAAAAUUCACCAGCUCAUCCACACUUCAUGUCCCUCCUUCAACAUCUUUUUAUGGUUCCUUCCGACGAAAGACAUCUUCCACUUUGGCGACUUUUCGACUUGAUCCUGCAACAUUUAACCCUACAUGCAACUGUUCACGGUAUGACCGAUGUAGAGGAAGCGUUCACAUCAGCCAUUGAUAUGGAGGACGUUCUCACAAGAUUGCAUACGCAAUGCGACUAUGAACGAUUGGAAGGUGAAAUGGAACGAUUAAAAGAAGAAUUGGAUCAAGAAAGGAUGCGUGCAAUGGAAUUGGACAAUCGCAUAGCGGAUUUGGGUGAUGGAAGGAAUAGUGUGGUAAGCAGGAUCUCGAACAUCUCUUCUCCAUCGGACCCAUGCCCCUCAGUAUCACCUCUUCCUCCUGUUUGUCCACCUGCAGUAGCGCCACCUCCUCCACCUCCACCGCUAGCAAUGGGAAUGACAAAGGUUGAGGAGACCCAAAAACGAGUCCCAAAGCCGACAGGACCAUUGAAAACCUUCAAUUGGUUGAAGCUUAACGAAGCUAAGGUCAAGGGGACGGCAUGGGAGUUUAUUGAAGACGAGAAAAUGUAUAAACAGGUUUCUGUGAUAGAUCCAAGACGCUAUCAGAAUUGUACGAUUAUGUUGUCCAAGUUAAAACUUACCCAUCGUGAGAUUAGAACUGCACUUUUGGCUAUGGAUGAUAAGGGGAAACUCCCGAAGGACAUGAUUGAGCAGAUGCUCAAAUUUGUGCCAACACUGGCUGAUCGGUAUCUUUACGAGAUGGCUCAAAUUCCACGAUUUGAACCACGCCUUCGCUCACUUUAUAUUAUUCGAACGUUCCAAGAACGUUAUGACUCUCUUAUGCCUCACAUUCAUAGAGAUAAGAUGGCUGUAGCGUGCUUUAUUGUUUCCAAAAUCCUUCCAGGUGUCAUCAAAGCCUCGACAGCGUUGUCAUCCAGUAAAAAGUUCAAACAAUUGCUUGCUCUUAUUCUCGCGAUUGGAAAUUAUCUCAACUAUGGAAAACGUAGUGGAAAUGCAUUUGGAUUUGAUCUCUCGUCAUUAAAUCGCCUCAGCGAUGUGAAGUUUUCAAAUAGAUCCGAUCGCAAUCUUCUUCACUACAUUCUACAAGUUGUGGACAAUCGUUUUCCCGAUUUAGGGAAGCUGAGACGGGAACUGUCUGCUGUAUAUGAUGCAGCGCGAUAUAAUCGCAGUGACGUAUUGGCUGAAAUUCGAAGUUUGGAGCAGUCGAUAUCUGCCGUUCGAUCGGAGUUGGCCUUCAUUUUGGAAGCAGCUCGUAAUGGGCAAACGAAGGAGGAGACGCCUGAAGACUGCAAAAAGGACUGCUUCGAGGCUGUAGCUAAACACCGCAGUGACGUGUUGGCUGAAAUUCGAAGUUUGGAACAGUCAAUAUCUGCCGUUCGAUCGGAGCUGGCCUUCAUUUUAGAAGCAGCUCGUGAUGGACAAACUAAGGAGGAGACGCCUGAAGACUGCAAAAAGGACUGCUUCGAGGCUGUAGCUAAACAGUUCAUUUCGUCCGCAUGUGAACAAUAUCAUGUCCUUGAGAAGCUGCAUAGUGAGAUGAAGGCCAAGUUGAAAUUAUCUCAAUUACAGUUUGCUGCAGUCGCAACACAGUUCUGCUUCGAUACAGUCAAUCCUGAAGAGUUAUUUGGUUGUUUGGCAAAGUUUCUCACAGCAUUCUGUGAUGCUCAACAACAGUUAUGGAUCGAAUGCGAGCAUAAAGAGCAAGUAAAGCGACAGACACUUGCAAGGAGCUACUUCGCAAAAAAGUGUAAGGAUCUCAUAUAUGUUAACGCAUAAAA